GACUGACGGCUGAUGCAAGGCGAGGCUGUUUUCCCCCUCCACCAUUCAAUGGUGCACUCAAUAAAUUCCCCCUCUUCCCGAUGCUUUUUCUUUCUUUCUUUUCUGAUUAACCCCCUGUAACCCAUACAACCGGAGAGCAGAGAAACAGGGGAAGAAGGAAGACACAGAGAGGAGAAAGAAGAAGAAGAAGAUGAUAUCAAUCUCCGACCUUUACCACGUCCUCACAGCAGUGGUUCCGCUGUACGUGGCCAUGUUCUUGGCCUACUGCUCGGUGAAAUGGUGGAAGAUCUUCACGCCGGUGCAAUGCUCCGGCAUCAACCGCUUCGUCGCCCUCUUCGCCGUCCCCCUCUUGUCUUUCCACUUCAUCUCCUCCAACAACCCCUACGCCAUGAACUACCGCUUCAUCGCCGCCGACACUCUCCAGAAGCUCAUUGUCCUGGCGGCUCUGUCCGCCUGGACUUGGGCCAGCCGCCGUGGGUCCCUCGACUGGGCCAUCACCGUCUUCUCCGUCUCCACCCUCCCCAACACCCUCGUCAUGGGUAUCCCUCUCCUGAAGGGCAUGUACGGCGACUCCUCCGGGACUCUCAUGGUCCAGGUCGUCGUCCUCCAGUGCAUCAUCUGGUACACUCUGCUCCUCUUCUUGUUCGAGUUCAGGGGUGCCCGGAUUUUGAUCGCCGACCAGUUCCCCGACAAUGCCGCCUCCAUCGUCUCCUUCCAGGUGGACUCCGACGUCAUCUCCUUGGACGGGAAGGAGGCGCUGGAGACCCGGGCGGAGGUCGGGGAAGACGGGAAACUCCACGUCACUGUCCGGAAGUCGAGUGCUUCGAGAUCGGAGAUUCUCUCCGGCAGGUCCCACUCCCACGGCCAGAACAACUCCGGCCUGUCUUUCACUCCCAGAGUCUCCAACCUCUCCAACGCGGAGAUUUACUCUCUGCAGUCCUCCCGGAAUCCCACCCCGAGGGGCUCCAGUUUUAACCACGCCGAUUUUCACGCUUCAGGGUUCGACGAGGAGAGUGGGUUCGGACGAGCAGGGUUCCAUGCCCCCGGGGCUGCCGGAAUAUUCUCUCCGAUGACUGCUCCGGCCGGGGCAAAGAAGAAGAUUGACGGUGUUGGCAAGGACCUCCAUAUGUUCGUUUGGAGCUCCGGCGGUUCGCCGGUGUCCUGUCAUCAACUUCCACUUGGCCCACACCCAAAAGAUUACGAUGAAUUUGGGCAAAACGAAAACGAAAACAAAGGACCUGUGCUGGCCAAGAUUGGGUCUAGCGGCUCAACCGCGCAACUAAACACAAACGUUGUUCCUGGGACAGAACCUACGGCCAUGCCUCCGGCCACUGUCCUGACCAAGCUCAUUCUCAUUAUGGUUUGGCGAAAACUCAUUCGGAACCCGAAUUCGUACUCCAGCCUCAUCGGCAUCACCUGGUCUUUGAUUGCUUUCAAGUGGAAUGUGGAGAUGCCUGAAAUAGUAGCCGGCUCAAUAGCCAUUCUGUCAAAGGCUGGUCUUGGAAUGGCAAUGUUUAGUCUUGGGUUAUUCAUGGCAUUGCAGCCGAGAAUGAUAGCUUGUGGGAAAGCGGUGGCGGGGUUCUCCAUGGCGGUGAGGUUCAUUGUGGGACCCGCUGUGAUGGCUGCUGCUUCGCUUGUCGUUGGCCUCCGCGGCGUCCUCCUCCACAUUGCCAUUGUUCAGGCAUCUCUCCCACAAGGAAUUGUCCCCUUUGUCUUUGCCAAGGAGUACAAUGUCCAUCCUGAUAUCCUCAGCACUGGGGUGAUAUUUGGGAUGCUAAUUGCUCUACCUAUCACACUGGUCUACUACAUCUUGUUGGGGCUUUGAAGCUUGGAUCGGAGUUUAUCAAAAAAAAAACCCUCUAAUUAGUGUACUCCGUAGAAUUUAGAAAAGACUUUCACCCUUUUGCAUGUUUUUAGUUUUUUUUGGCUAUCCUAUCAAAACAAAAAGAAAAGAGAGAAGAUUUUUUGGCUUCAAACAAGUGCUGGCCAGUAGAAGAAGAAGAAGAUUGCAAAAAGUAGAGAGGUUGGUAGGUAGGGGACAAACCUUCUAACUAGAGAGAGAGAGAGAGGUGGAAGAAUAUAAUGAUCAUUGGGCAUGCUUGCAGGCCAACACCUAGUGGAAAACUGCAUUCUUGUUUUUUUUAUUCUCUUUCUUCUGCACAUUUUGUUCUUUUGAUUGAAUGCAAAAACAUCAUGCUAGGUUUAUCUAGAGGUUGUAACCUA